UUUGUUACAACGAUAUUACAACUAUUUUAAUAUUAUUUUAAUGAGUAAUAUCAUUAUUAUAUUUUAUUAUCGCGAGUCUCGUAUCAAAAUCGGGAGGACGUAGUGAACGUUUCCUAUUCCGUCGAACCGCCAUGACUCGUCAUCGCCGCCGUCGUCUAUAGUACAGCCGUACGUGACCGCGUCUUAUAUACUAUGCCUCUCUAUCCAUUUCCCGACGGACGGCGGUCGUGCUGUUACGUUCGCUAAAAAACACGCCGUGCCGACGACGACCGUGACGGCGCUACCGAUUAAUGCGGCGCACAUAAGAUAUUUCAAAAACGUUGGUUAAAUUUAACUGUUUCUCUGCGUACGAAUUAUUACUACUCGUUGUUACCGUUCUCCUUCGCAUUUCUUUUUGUUUUCGGCCACAUUUUCCACACCCCCUCGGUAAGAGGAGAGAACCACCUACUUCGAGUGUCACAGUGGGUGAGUCGCCGGUCAUUGUCACCGGCGGAAUGACGGACGAACUCUCCGGGAUUGAUUAAUAAAAUUCUUGGAUGCAUUGCAAUCAUUAAAAAUAAAUAAUGGAUUCUAGAGAUAGUGAUGACAUGAAAGUUGAACCAUCUAGUCCAGUACGAAAUACAAAUCCAUUUAGUCGAUCUAGUAGUGGAAGUUCUCUACAUGCUGGAAACCAUAGUAGUAGUAGUGGUCAUGAAGAUGAUGAUAGUGAAGAAAAAGGUUCACCAAACAAUUAUAAAGAAAGACGACGAGAAGCACAUACCCAAGCUGAACAAAAACGUCGUGAUGCUAUAAAAAAAGGAUAUGAUUGUUUACAAGAUUUAGUCCCAACUUGUCAGCAAACAGAUAGCAGUGGUUAUAAACUAAGCAAAGCGACAGUAUUACAAAAAUCCAUAGAUUACAUACAAUAUUUACUGUUGCAAAAGAAAAAAUUAGAAGAAGAACGUAAUGCUUUACGAAAAGAAGUAGUUGCAUUACGAAUUAUGCAAGCUAAUUAUGAGCAAAUGGUAAAAGCUCAACAAAUUCCAAUGGGUCAUGUUGAAACUAGGAUACCUGAUGAAGAAAAAUUUCAAAUGUUUCAGAAUAUUAUUGAUGAAUUGUUCUUUACAUUUUGUAAUAUUAAUGUUAACAAUUUUACUGAACUUUCUGCUUGCGUCUUCAGUUGGCUUGAAGAACACUGUAAACCUCAGACAUUACAAAAUUUAAUAGAAACUGUUCUUGAAAAGGAACCAAAAAGUCAUACACCUACCUCAACCGACAAAACUUCACCAUAAAGUAUAUUUUAUUUAUUGAAUUUUAUUUUUUACCAAGUAUCCGAUUAUUGUUGUAAAAUUUUUAAUUAUGUUAAAAUAAAAUAUUUUUAUAAAUA